AUGGCUAACCAAGAGAAGCUAAAGAAAGGAUUCAUGUCUUUCUAUAAGUCCGCCGCCGCUAAAAUUAAUCACAAGCCAAAAUCUCAGCCAUUAGUUAAACACGUGACAGAAAUUCCACCAAAUAAACCACUUCCAGUACUGUCGCUGCCGUCACAUAAGUUGUUAUUAAAGAAGCAACUGGAAAUCUGUGAGGAAAGUGAGGAUGGUGAUCAGCGCAGAGGAGGAGGAGGAAAUUUGGUUGAGGGGAGAAAGUCAGUGUCUCACGUAGAAACAAAUGUGGCAUCAGUGAUUGCAUUUCUUCAAGUGAAGGUGUUGGUGUCUGAUAUGCCUGGAUUCAUGCAGGCCCAUGCCUUCAGAAUUGCCCGGCGAACCUAUGAUACCUUGGAGAAGUUCAGCUCCAAGCACAUUGCUUUUAACAUUAAAAAGGAGUUUGAUAAAUUGUAUGGUCCGGCUUGGCAUUGCAUUGUUGGUGCAAGUUUUGGCUCCUUUGUCACCCAUUCAACAGGUUGUUUUCUAUACUUUUCAAUGGAGAAACUGUAUAUUCUAGUGUUUAAAACAAAAGUUCAGAAAGCUUUAGAUUGAUGAGAUCAUAG